AUGCAACGUGCUGCAACCCUGUGUUUCCUGGUGGCAAUGAGAAAUGAAGACAAGUUGACAAGACUGCUGCAUGUGUUGGAUGUAUGUAGUGGAAGCAUGUGUGUGCAUGUGCAUGUGUGCCAUUUGCAUCAACCCAUCUGCAUCAACCUUCCAUCUGCUUCAACCCUUCUGUAUCUGCAACCCUUCUGCAUCUGCAUCAACCCUCCUGCAUCUGCAUCAACCCUCCUGCAUCUGCAUCAACCCUCCUGCAUCUGCACCAACCCUCCUGCAUCUGCACCAACCCUCCUGCGUCUGCAUCGACCCUCCUGCCUCUGCACCAACCCUUCUGCAUCUGCACCAACCCUCCUGCAUCUGCACCAACCCUCCUGCAUCUGCACCAACCCUCCUGCAUCUGCACCAACCCUUCUGCAUCUGCACCAACCCUUCUGCAUCUGCACCAACCUUUCUGCAUCUGCACCAACCCUUCUGCAUCUGCACCAACCCUUCUGCAUCUGCACCAACCCUUCUGCAUCUGCAUCAACCGUUCUGCAUCUGCAAUGCAUCAGCAUCAAGUGUUUUGCAUCUGCAUCAAGUGGUCUGCAACUGCAUCAACCCUUGUGCAACUGCAUCAACCCUUCAGCAUCUGCGUCAACCCUUCAGCAUCUGCGUCAACCCUUCAGCAUCUGCAUCGACCCUUCUGCAUCUGCAUGCAUCUGCAUCAACCUGCCCUCUGGAUAA